GGUCGUACGGGUUGUGUUUGUGCGCAGGCAUCGGUCGCUCUCUCCCCGCCUCGCGACCGCACAGACAAACAGUCGUCGCGCGAUCGCCAUUCUCCGAUUGUCGGUACGUUUCUGCGGAUGGACUCUGGUUCGGCCCGCGGGUGACCCAGCUGCUUCAGGUGUGAUAUCGCGCGAAAUGGACAAUCCGGCACUGGACUCCGCCAGUGAUCACAGCAGCCACGCGUCUUCGGGCUCGCCGGCCGUGGCCAUCAAGCCGUCGCCUUCGCCACCCUCAAGUCAUCACAGCGGCCUAGCCCUAGGCCUCCACCAGCCCGUGCACAGCCCGCGCCAAGCGUCGCCUUUGGGACCUCCAAUGUCUAUGGCCCACCCUCUAAGUCCGCCGCCGGUGUCCAGCGCUUCGCUGGCCCGCAGCAUGGCUCUGGGACAUCUGCCUCCGCCAGGCCUGGGACUGCUCAAUUCUUUGGGUGUGCUGCACGGGCCUCUGGAUCUGAUGGCACACCAUGCUCCACCGCGGUCUUACAAUUCACCGCCGCCCAUCUCCACGUCCGACCCGACAGCUAACGAGUGCAAAUUGGUGGACUAUCGCGGGCAAAAGGUGGCCGCUUUUAUAAUCGCCGGGGACACUAUGCUGUGUCUACCCCAGGCAUUUGAACUGUUUCUCAAGCAUUUGGUGGGUGGUCUGCACACGGUCUAUACAAAGUUGAAACGCUUGGACAUCGUGCCAUUAGUUUGCAAUGUGGAACAGGUCCGCAUCCUGAGAGGACUGGGCGCCAUCCAGCCGGGUGUCAACCGCUGCAAGUUGCUUUCCUGCAAGGACUUCGACACCCUGUACAAGGACUGCACUACAGCCAGUUCCAGGCCCGGAAGACCGCCCAAAAGAGCCCCAGUAGGACUCAGUCUGGCCGCCUCUCAUCUGCAACAACACCAGCUCAAGAAACAGCGAAUGGACAACGGCGACUACCCUUACGAGAACGGACACAUGGGUGAUAUGUCACGAUUAGAGAAGUCUCCUUUGCUGGCCAACGGAUACAAUCACCCACCUCAUCUAAGCCAUAUGCAGUUCAUGCAACUACCGCAUCCGGCGGCUGCUCAUUCGGCGCUGUUGUCCCCUGCCAUGCCUCACAACCUCAGCAGGCACGACGGAUCCAUCAUCAAGAACCAAGGAAUGCCCACGAUGGAGGCCAUCGCGAGGUCUGGCAUUUGGGAAAAUUGUCGAGCAGCGUACGAAGACAUUGUCAAACACUUAGAAAGAUUACGUGAAGAAAGGUGUGAUCCUGAUAGACCUCUGCAACUAGAUCAGAAACCUAGAGAUUUAAUUAGUCCCAGAAAUGUUUCCGCGUCACCCAUCGAACACAGUCCCGUUUUGAACCUGUCGAAAAGCGGCGGCGGCAGCGCGGGUUCACUGGGCGAAAACGACCAUUCGGGCAGCGAAGCUGACGGUCCCGAUGUACCACCUUCGCCGCGGUCGCCCAGAUCGGCCGUGGAGGAAGACGAAGACGAUAACAUAUCAGAGCCGGACGACGAAGACGAUAAGGAUCAAGAUAUGGACGAUGGCGACUUGCCCCUACCUGCCGCCCCCGGCAGCGACUCGCAACAGGCCGCCCUCAACUACUCCACCUUGGCGAGCGCUGUUGCCAACGCUAACGGUCCAGGACCGGACGCGGGUAUUUCAUCCACCGAAACGCUGUUGCGCAACAUCCAGGGCCUGCUUAAGGUCGCCGCAGAUAACGCUCGUCAGCAAGAGAGGCAGAUCAACUACGAAAAAGGUACCAACAGUAACAUGGUGUACUUGCUCAGUUUGGCCCAGUACUAUAUGUACUUGGCGGCCACGCACAAAAGCUAAACGCUAGAGAUGUUUACGAAAUAUUUUGGUUAUCUUUAAUACUUAUUGGUCGUUUAUGGAACUGACUUUAAAAAUAAUUAUUAUUAUUACGGUGUUAAUCAACUGCUAGAUGAUAGAAAAAAAAUCAUUUAAUUUUGGUAUAGUAACAGAACUGUCUAAGGCUAAGAACAUAGUGGAGCGACGAGGAUAGCGGUGAGCAAGCAGCGCGACAUCGCGUCCAAAACAAAUCCGUGAAGACAAGUACGUGCGAACAUAGUAAAGCGAUCUGCUCGAGCGGUUAGAUCAAGCGGCGAGAUCGACUCAAAUAAGUUUGUUUUCGUCGCUCUGUCGCUCUGUCGCGCUGUAGAAAAUGAUAGAUUCUCAAAAAUUAAUAGAUUUAGUAUUUGUAAGAGAGAUUUUAAAGGAUCAGAAAGAUAGUAAUCACCAUAACCGGUACAUUUUAGAUAAGUUAUGAGAUGAAGUGGCAACAAAUUUUCGUAAAAACUUGCCAUACUUUCUCGGGUUUUUGAAAACUUCAUCUAACCAAAUGUUUGCGACACUACUGUCCAGAAUUUUUGCCACUGUUAACAUUUUAAAUUAUCAAUAAGCAAAUGAAAAUAAUAAAAUUGCACAAGUAUCUCGCUAUUUCUCGCCGCUUUACUAUGUUUUAGCACCUCGAGGCUUGAUCGACGCGGUAUCGUGCUGCUUGCUCGCCGCUCCACUAUGUUCAUAGCUUUAGUCGACACAUGCAUACAAAUCCGAUGCCAGCGAUCACAAUUACCGUUUUAGGACGGUACGUGAUUCUGUAUUGGAACAAACCUAAUAAAAAUCUAAGUUCAAAUUUAUUUUCGUAGAUAUUUUGAUAUGAUUUUAACCUGUUAUUGAUGAAUAUGCUUGGCUUACUACUGAAUUAUAUUAAAGUCUUAUUUAAUAAACGACUGAUAGACAUAAACAAGAUCCAUAUUAGUUGAAUUAUAGUGAAAUAAAAAAAUAUUGAAAAACGGUGAAGAACAGGCGAUAUUUUCAAAUUUCUGUUUAAGUUUGAUUUACCAAUAAAUAAAUUAUUUUAAGAAACAAAAAAAUAUUGUAUAAAUGUACAUACCUACUAGAUAAGUUAAAUUUCAAAAAAAAAAGAUGAUGGCAUUGCAUUUAAUUAAAAAAAUAUUUUCUUGACACCAAUGAUAUUAAAAGAUAAUAAAUAAUGUAAAAAAGUUAUUUACUUAAUUUUGUUCUCAAAGUUUGCAAUGUAAUUAUAAUUUCCGGAUUUACUUUGAGAAAUUAAAAUUUAAUUUUUUUUGAGCCGAUCUUUUUAUGAAAUGUAAGAAAUAUUUUAUACAAUUUUCUAAU